UCCAUUCAGCCUCAUGCAAAGAAGGAAGACUCAAAUCCCCGCAGGACUCUUCCAUAAAAGGAGCAUGGAAUCUGUCACCAAAGGUGUUUGAAGAGAGAAUCUUCUGUCCCGAGGCAGGAUCAGGUGUUCAGCACAGCGCCGUACAGGAUCCACUCGCCCUAUAAAUUGGAGGGGAAGGAGACAAGAUGUUGAAAGACAAUAGCUGGUUCAGAGUUUUCAGCAGAGGUUUGUACAGCUGCCGGUGGAAACACAGAAGUGAGGAGGACUUAAGGAGAACAAGGAAGAAAAAGAAUGCCUGCUGCUGGUUCUCAGCGGUUGCCACGGUUACGCUCCUGUCACUCAGCUGGAUGUACAUCUGCCUUGUAACCUUCAAUGACAGAGAGGACGUGAACUGGCAGGGCUUUGCUGAGCUGAAGAGAUGGGUGAACUGGUUCAUGGUGCUGGUCAUCACUUCUGCAGUGCUAACCUGCUAUUGUGUCCUACUGCUGCUUUUUGCUAUGAUCCAAGUGGCUUUGAGGGAGCCGCUCAACUUGCACUGGCUGCACAAGGUCCUUCUUUUCUUCGGCUGCCUGUUCAUCUCCUUCGGGGUCGCAGGAAUCAGUCUGAAGUGGAGAAAAGAAUGGGCCACCGUUCUUCUGUCUCUUCAGGCGACCGCUCCUUUUUUGCAGCUCGGAGCUGUCGGAGCUUUGACACUUCUCAGCUCGUUCGUCUUCCAGGUCUUCCACAGUGCCAAGGAUUACUCCUCCAAGCGCAUGAUAGCCGCAGCGUUUAUUUUGACAUCGACGGCCAUCUUCCUCUGUCCACUGUUCAUCCACUCACCUUGUCUGAUUGAGCAAGUCCCUGAAAAGCCAAAGCUGAUUGGCCACAGAGGUGCACCAAUGUUGGCCCCAGAAAACACCAUGAUGUCCUUCAACAAGAGCAUCUCCUGCAGCGUGUGGGCCUUUGAGACGGAUGUGCAGCUCAGUAAAGACAGAAUCCCCUUCCUGAUGCAUGACCACAACACCUCUGGGUUCCUGAGGACCACCAAUAUCAAGGAGAAGUUUCCUGAUCUGGUCUCCCAGCCCAGCAGCAACCUCACCUGGCAGCAACUGCAGAGUCUCAAUGCCGGUGAAUGGUUCCUGCAGACGGAUCCUUUUGGUACAGUGUCCAAGCUUUCCGAGCAGGACAGGGAAUUGGCGCGGAGUCAAACUAUCCCCUCGUUCCUUCAGCUACUGAAGCUUGCCAAAGAGCACAACAUCUCAGUUAUCUUUGACCUGUACAGUCCAGACCAGGAGAACGACACUGUGGAAACAGUCGACACCAUCUCACUCUCUGGAAUUGAUCCAAAGAAAAUCCUCUGGCUUCCUCCCGCUGCGAGAGACUAUGUAAAUGUGACUCAGCCAGGCUUCAUUCACAUCUAUAACAAUGAGACACAGAUGUUCAAAAGGGGAGGGAACCACCUUAAUAUGAAAUACAGCCAGUUGAGCACAUCAGAGAUCAGGGAUCUUCGCAGUAAAAACAUCACGAUAAACCUGUGGGUGGUGAACGAGCGCUGGCUCUUCUCCCUGCUGUGGUGCGCAGGAGUCAGUUCUGUCACCACCAACUCCUGUCAGGACCUGCACGUUAUGGAGCGCCCGGACUGGUGGAUGGCUCUGAAGAGGUAUCGAGUUAUCUGGAUUACGGCUGAUGUUGUGUCUGUGUUGAUCAUGGCUGUGAUCUUUAUGUGUCACAGGUCAAGACCCCGAAUCUGCUGCAGGAAAGGAGAGGAGAAGCAGAGAAACAAUGCAACCUCCUGGGAUGAAAAAGAACUUGCUCCCUUUAUACCCACUGUCUGAGACCGGACGUUGCGUGAGAAGGAGCGACAUGUUUCAACCUCAUAGCAAUUCUGGACUCUGAAGCUACGUAAAACACAUCACUGUAGGUCUGCUCUCGAGUUCUUCUCGCACUUUAUUGGCAUUGUGUCACCACUUAGUUUUCUGUGACAUGUUAAGCGCCUCACAAUAAAACGGCUUUUGGUGUAUAUCUAUUCCUGUCACCACUCCAGUUCUUUUGGCUUUGGCCAUAAAUGGCCGCUCAAUGCUGUUCUUGUAAAUAAAAAUAAAC